AGCUGUUCCCUAGGAGUGUCUGGCUGGAGCCAUAUGAUCUUAGCAACGUAUUUCAGAGCUGUUUCUAAACACUGACAAAGACUCUUGUGCAGCAAUGACUGUUGUAGAGGAAAAUCGGCCUUUUGCCCAACAACUAUCCAAUGUCUACUUUACAAUACUUUCACUUUUCUGCUUUAAACUUUUUGUAAAAAUCAGCCUCGCAAUACUCAGUCAUUUCUAUAUUGUAAAAGGGAAUCGUAAAGAGGCAGCAAGAAUAGCUGCUGAGUUUUAUGGAACUCCUCAAGGACAAGGUUCUUGGGCAGAUCGCUCACCCCUGCAUGAAGCAGCAAGCCAAGGGCGCCUUCUAUCUCUCAAAACAUUAAUUGCACAGGGAUACAAUGUAGAUGCUUUAACCAUUGAUCAAGUGACACCAUUGCACGAGGCAUGCCUUGGAGAUCAUGUAGGAUGUGCUCGGAUACUUCUCGAAGCAGGAGCAAAUGUGAAUGCCACAACUAUUGAUGGGAUAACACCCUUAUUUAAUGCCAGCUCAAGAGGGAGUGCAUCUUGUGUACAACUUCUAUUGGAAUAUGGUGCAAAAAUUCAAUGGGAGACAUGUUUUCCUUCGCCAACUCAUGAAGCAGCCAGCAGAGGUCACAGUGAUUGUCUAGAAUUGCUGAUUUCUUGGGGCAUAGAAGUUGAUCUAUAUGUUCCUCACUUAGGAACGCCUCUAUAUGUGGCUUGCUUUUCACAGCAGAAACAAUGUGUUCACAAACUUCUGCAUUCAGGGGCAAAUGUGCAAAAAGGAAAGUUUUUGGAAACUCCAUUGCAUGCAGCUGCAAGGCUACCUAAUACAGAAAUAGUAAACAUGCUUCUUGAGUUUGGAGCAGAUAUUAAUGCCAAAAAUUCAGAGUUUGAACGACCAGUAGAUGUUGCUGUUUCAAGUAGCUUGGUGGAAAAAAUACUGCUGUUACAUGAAGUUACUCCAUGUUCUCUUUGCCAGCUGUGCCGACUACGAAUCCGAAAUUAUAUAGGAAAGUCUAGAUUGCAUCUUGUACCACAACUUCAACUGCCAAACAUCUUGAAAAAUUUCUUACAGUACCAAUGAAAUAGUGAAUAGAAUUUCAGAACUUCAAUAAAUGUUCUACAACAUGCUACACAUGAAAGUUAUAUAUGAUAGGGAGCAGCCUAAACAAACUUGUCCGCAAAUUAAAAUCAUGCCAAACAUAAUUUGGAAUUCCUUGAAGUAUUACUAAAAUUAAAUAUAAAUGUGCUCAUGUUUUACAGAGGCAUACAAAUUCUUUGAAAAAAGUGUUUUGAAAUGCAAGGUAAUAUGUGUGAAGGCCUUUUGCGUGUGAAUGAUUAAAACAACCAGAUAUUUAAGAAGCUGCUUCCAACCAUUUCCACUUAUGCACAAAUAUGCAGAGAGAGACAGCAGCAACUUUCUGCACAGCUACCUUAGCAAUUAAAAAAGUUGGGCUUUGUGCACUCCUUUGCAUGUUCCAAAGCAUGUUUUUGGAAGGACUUACACAGCCCUAAUAUUUUGAAAAUGUAUUCUUUUACAACAUAGUCCUUACUGAUUAAUCACUCCAUCUAAAAUUUACUUUUGAUCAGUCUGACUCGUGGUGGUGCAGUGGUUAGAAUACAGUAUCACAGGUUAACUCACUGCUCAUUCCAGGAGUUUGAUUCU